CUCAGACGCGCCGUCCUGGCCGAACGGCAGCACCUGGGGCGCGCUCUGGACCUCUGGAGUCCGCCGUCUGGCGCUGCGCCACGUGCUUUGGUCGAUGCUGAUGUCAAGUGGGUGUGGGCUCCUCGGAAAGGCCCCGGCGAGGACGAGGAGGGCAAGCGAUGCGCCGCGGGCGAGCUGAGGCCCCGGCGCGCUCCGUAGCCCAGCGCCGCUGACCGGUGGCCCGCCCGGGCUCGCGAAGCAGUCGCAUGGAGCCGCGGAGCUGCCCUCCCUGGGACGCGUGCCCCGCCACGCUGGGGGUCUGGCAGGGGCGGCCAAGGGGGGCCUGCAGCCAUAACCAGCAGACCACAGCAUUCAGACAUCCUGUGACAGGGCAGUUUUCUCCAGAAAAUAGUGAAUUCAUUCUUCAAGAAGAGCCGAAUCCACAUAUGUCGAAGCAAGACAGAAACCAAAGACCGUCCAGCAUGGUCAGUGAAACAUCCACAGCUGGGACCGCCUCCACCCUGGAGGCCAAGCCUGGACCCAGGAUCAUAAAGUCCAGCAAUAAAGUCCACAGCUUUGGGAAGAGAGACCAGGCCAUUCGGAGGAACCCCAAUGUUCCUGUGGUGGUGAGGGGCUGGCUGCACAAGCAGGACAGUUCUGGGAUGAGGCUGUGGAAAAGGAGGUGGUUUGUGCUUGCUGAUUACUGCUUAUUUUACUAUAAAGACAGCCGAGAAGAAGCGGUCCUCGGGAGCAUCCCCUUGCCCAGCUACGUGAUCUCUCCUGUGGCCCCUGAGGAUCGCAUAAGCCGCAAAUACUCCUUUAAGGCUGUGCACACAGGGAUGCGAGCACUCAUCUAUAACAGCUCCACGGCAGGCUCUCAGGGCGAGCAGUCGGGCAUGAGGACCUACUACUUCAGUGCCGACACCCAGGAGGACAUGAACGCUUGGGUCAGGGCCAUGAACCAGGCUGCACAGGUGCUGUCUCGAUCGUCACUGAAGAGGGACAUGGAGAAGGUGGAGCGGCAGGCUGUCCCCCAGGCCAACCACACAGAGUCCUGUCACGAAUGUGGCCGGGUGGGACCCGGACAUACGAGAGAUUGUCCUCAUCAUGGCCAUGAUGACAUUGUCAACUUCGAGAGGCAGGAGCAGGAGGGAGAGCAGUACCGUUCCCAGAGGGACCCGCUGGAGGGCAAGCGGGACCGGAGCAAGGCCAGGUCUCCGUACUCACCAGCCGAAGAGGAUGUCUUGUUUAUGGAUUUACCCAGUGGCCCAAGAGGCCAGCAGGCACAACCCCAACGGGCAGAGAAGAAUGGAAUGCUGCCUGCCUCAUAUGGCCCAGGAGAACAAAACGGGACUGGCGGGUACCAGCGGGCCUUUCCUCCCAGGACCAACCCUGAAAAACACAGCCAAAGGAAGAGCAAUCUGGCCCAGGUGGAGCACUGGGCAAGGGCCCAGAAGGGAGACAGCAGGAGUCUUCCCUUGGACCAGACGCUUCCUCGCCAGGGUCCUGGCCAAUCCCUGUCCUUCCCAGAAAACUACCAGACUCUUCCCAAGAGCACCCGACACCCCUCGGGGGGCUCCUCGCCACCUCCCCGAAACCUGCCAAGUGACUACAAGUAUGCGCAGGACCGAGCCAGCCACCUGAAGAUGUCGAGUGAAGAGCGCCGGGCGCACCGGGAUGGCACCGUGUGGCAGCUCUACGAGUGGCAGCAGCGCCAGCAGUUCCGGCACGGCAGCCCCACGGCGCCUAUCUGCCUUGGCUCCCCAGAGUUCACCGACCAGGGCCGGAGCAGGAGCAUGCUAGAGGUGCCCCGCUCCAUCUCUGUGCCUCCAUCUCCCUCAGACAUCCCUCCCCCGGGACCCCCAAGGGUCUUCCCACCCCGGCGCCCACACACACCAGCAGAGCGAGUCACAGUGAAGCCACCGGACCAGAGGAGGAGUGUGGACAUCUCGCUGGGGGAUUCUCCAAGGAAGGCACGGGGCCACGCUGUCAAGAACUCAUCUCAUGUGGACCGACGCUCCAUGCCCUCCAUGGGUUACAUGACCCACACCGUCAGCGCUCCCAGUUUACAUGGAAAAUCGGCUGAUGAUACCUACCUCCAGCUGAAGAAAGACCUGGAAUACCUGGAUCUAAAGAUGACAGGCCGGGACCCUCUCAAGGAUCGAAGUCUGAAGCCUGUGAAGAUCGCUGAGAGCGACACUGACGUCAAACUGAGCAUCUUCUGUGAACAAGACAGAGUCCUCCAGGACUUGGAAGACAAGAUACGAGCCCUUAAAGAGAACAAAGACCAGCUAGAAUCUGUGCUGGAGGUGUUGCACAGACAGAUGGAGCAGUACCGAGACCAGCCCCAGCACUUGGAGAAGAUUGCCUACCAGCAGAAGUUGCUGCAGGAGGACCUCGUCCAUAUCCGAGCUGAGCUCUCCAGAGAGUCCACUGAGAUGGAAAAUGCUUGGAACGAAUACCUGAAGUUGGAGAAUGAUGUGGAGCAGCUGAAGCAGACCCUGCAAGAGCAACACAGAAGAGCCUUUUUUUUCCAGGAGAAAUCGCAGAUACAGAAAGAUCUAUGGAGAAUUGAAGAUGUCACUGCAGGCCUGAGUGCAAAUAAAGAGAACUUCAGAAUUCUAGUGGAGUCAGUCAAAAAUCCGGAGAGAAAAACGGUGCCUUUGUUUCCUCACCCGCCUGUGCCUUCACUCUCAACUUCUGAGAGCAAGCCGCCCCCACAGCCCAGUCCUCCCACCAGCCCUGUGCGGACCCCUCUGGAGGUUCGACUCUUCCCCCAGCUGCAAACCUACGUGCCGUACCGACCUCACCCACCCCAGCUGAGAAAAGUGACAUCCCCCCUUCAGUCACCGACUAAGGCAAAGCCCAAAGUUCAGGAAGAUGAAGCACCUCCCAGGCCCCCACUCCCCGAACUCUACAGCCCAGAGGACCAGCCCCCAGCUGUGCCGCCUCUGCCAAGAGAGGCCACCAUCAUCCGGCACACAUCUGUGCGGGGCCUCAAGCGGCAGUCAGACGAGAGGAAGCGAGACCGGGAGCUGGGGCAGUGUGUGAACGGGGAUUCCAGGGUGGAGCUGCGGUCGUAUGUCAGUGAGCCUGAGCUGGCGACCCUCAGCGGGGACAUAGCCCAGCCCUCCCUGGGACUUGUGGGCCCUGAGAGCAGGUACCAGACGCUGCCAGGCAGAGGACUCUCAGGGUCCACGUCAAGGCUCCAGCAGUCGUCCACCAUUGCUCCCUACGUCACACUCCGGAGAGGUCUCAAUGCCGAAAGCAGCAAGGUGACCUUCCCUAGACCCAAGAGUGCCUUGGAGCGCCUGUACUCAGGGGAUCACCAGCGGGGCAAGAUGAGUGCGGAGGAGCAGCUGGAGCGCAUGAAGCGACACCAGAAGGCCCUGGUCCGAGAGCGCAAGAGGACACUGGGCCAAGGGGAGAGGACGGGCCUGCCCUCAUCUCGCUACCUCAGCCGGCUGCUCCCUGGAGAUCUUGGCUCAUGGAAGCGUGAGCAGGACUUUGACCUGCAGUUGCUGGAACGGGUCGUGCAAGGGGAAAAAAAGGACAAGGAGGAGAAUGGCUGGUUGAAAGUGCAGGCCAUGCCUGUCACUGAGUUGGACCUGGAGCCUCAAGACUAUGACUUGGACAUCAGCAGAGAGCUGUCCAAACCAGAGAAGGUGUCAAUCCCUGAGCGCUACGUGGAGCUAGAUCCCGAAGAGCCGCCCAGCCUUGAGGAGCUGCAGGCGCGGUACCGCAAAGCCGAGAAGAUCCGCAACAUCCUCACCCGGUCAAGCAUGUGCAACCUACAGCCGACCUCAGGCCAGGACCGCAACAGUGUGGCUGACCUGGACUUGCAGCUGCAGGAGCAGGAGCGCAUCAUCAACAUCUCCUAUGCCCUGGCCUCCGAGGCCUCCCAGCGUAGCAAGCAGGUGGCAGCACAGCAGCUGGCCCUCCUCCCGCCUAAAGGCCCCCUGUCUUCCAGGACGGUGCCACCUUACCCCCCUUUUACCAACGGACUCCACUACACCUUUGUCUAACACCUUCCAACCCAGGCAGUGACUGACCCGUGACCCAGCAUGCAAAGGAGAAGCCUGGAGCCAGGGGCCCAGUGGAACCAGCUUCCUUCAAGGAGAUGACCUUUCUGCCCCCAAGGAAACCCCUUCCAGCUGAGCAGGGAAUCCGGCUGGAGAAAGGAGCAGCUUACCGACUGCGGGUGUUCACCACAGGCCAGGCCCUAAUACGCAUCCACUAGUUUAGCUCAGACUCCUCUCUACAUAUGAAUGGCAAAGGCACUUUUGAUACACACUUUAAAAUACACUGUAUUUUAGAAUUGGGAUCUAUUUUCUAAUGUUCACCUCAAGGGCUGAGUGGCAGGAAGGUUGAGGAUACAGGACCUUGCAGCUCUGCACGUACAGAUUCAGGUACUUUUGGGUAACAGGUGUUGGGGGGGGUGGGAAGGGCGGGGCAAGCCGAGGCUAGUCCACCUUCCAAUGACCUCAGGAGAAAGUGCGAUUUGAAGAGGUGUUCCCAGUAGACUCCAGCAAGAGGCUGGUUGGCGUGCUGUCUGGGAGAAGAGGGGCCCUUGGCUGCAGAGAUCAGCUGUCCCUGACCUGAUGAUGACCAGCUCUGUGUGAAACUCCACCAGGAUCGCACGGGGGGCCCAAGUCUGUGCCCUUGCCCCUUGGGUUUGGCUUAGGGGCAACAGUGUGUUCAAGAGGACUGGGGCCCACAACCUGCCCCCAGGCUUCCCUCAGCAAAGGGCUCUUGUCAGAAAGAAAAAAGCAGUUUGCUUUCUUUUUUUUUUUUUUUUUUUUUUGAGACGGAGUUUCACUCUUGUUGCCCAGGCUGGAGUGCAAUGGCGUGAUCUCGGUUCACUGCAACCUCUGCCUCCUGGGUGCCUCAGCCUCCCAAGUAGCUGGGAUUACAGGCAUGCGCCACCACGCCUGGCUAAUUUUGUAUUUUUAGUAGAGAUGGGGUUUCUCCAUGUUGAUCAGGCUGGUCUCGAACUCCUGACCUCAGGUGAUCCAUCCGCCUCGGCAUCCCAAAGUGUUGGGAUUACAGGUGUGAGCCACCAUGCCCAGCCUGCUUUCAUUUUUAACAGUACACAUUGAAGUACAGAAAAGUUGGGAGGAAGCAGCUUUCAUUGUAUCAUAGCAAUAAACUCCACAUUGGGUGACAUCUACCUAGAAAUCCCUUCCCUCCAACCAGGCCAUUAUGGGAACCUUUGCUGCCUGCCCUUGGAGAACCCCGGAUUGGCUUCCCUGGGACUCAGGUCUGGUGGCAGGAGGGCAGCAGUGUGCCCCCACCAUCCCUCAUGGCCUGCCGCCAGCAGGGCCAUAAUGGCAGGACUUUGAUUUGAUUUCCAGCCCCACAUGAGGAGGGGGGCUACCAAGCCAGGUGCAGUGUUUUUGGCCCUUUAUUUAAGUUGUGUUCUUAUGUUAUUCUGCAUAUAAACAAUGACGUUUAAAUGGAAAAAACAACAACAACAAAAACCUCCAUUGGGUGGAGCCACACUUUAAAUGAAAAUUUCUCUUUGACUAUGCUCAGAAAAAAAAUAGAAUUUUGAAUAUAUUUAGCAGUUGUCGUCUAUUUUUAACUAACUCCAUAUGCUGCCAGUAUCGACUUCAUGACAUUUGCCAAAAAAAAAAAUUAUUUUUGCCUUUAUAAGAUUUUCUUGGAAAAAAUGAAAUGAAUAUUUUGCAAGAAAAAGUUAAUUUAAAAAUGUAAUGGUUUGCAAAAAAAAUGUGAUGUACAGAUUAAAAUAUUAACCUGA